CCAUUCCAAAAGGAGCCAGUUGAAACAAUUUAGAAAUGCCAGCAGGCUGGGGCAUUAUCGUCCGUAUCGGCCACGGAAGAAGAUUAUUAACCCAGAAAUAGUUUUUCGUGUAGGAUUAGUGUGAAAUAUAUUUAGUGGGACAGUGAGACGGUCGGACAUUUAGGCAAAGUGACAGAAAGCCAGAAGGACUGUCAGACGAUGAGACAGCCAGACAGCAGCCAGUUGAACCAAAACGUCGAGGAGGUGGCUAAGGAGUGGGCGUGGACGCGGACACAUUCUAUAGGAUUUGGAUUGUAUUGGAUUGGAUUGGAUUGGAUGAGGCGAGAUGAGGCGAGAUGAGACGAGACGAGAAGCUAUGAAGAUGUCGCCUGACAACCGACCAGGCACACGGCAACAGUUCCCCAAAAACACUAAACUGGAAGAAACAGUUUUUUUUUCCUUCUGGGGCCCAGACAGAGCGUCGUCUGAAGGCAUGCGGAUGCUGGGAGUCCCUGGGAGCGAGCGAGAUGCUGUCAGUGCCGGAGCGAGACAGCCUCUGACGCGGCUAGAGAAACUUUGGAUGAAUGAAUGCAGGCUGGAGUCGGAGGUGCAGGCCAUGCACUGCGAGAAAAGGGGAAUAGAAAGCCAAUACCCCGGGAAUACAAAGCCAAGGAAUCAAGUUACUAGCAAUUUGAAAUGUGGGAACCACAGGUAGUACCCCUCCCCCGCCCCUUAAUGGGCGUGGUCGUAAUGGAACGCUUGCAAAUUCUGUGCAAAAAAACUUAAAAAAAAAUAGGAAGAAAAAAAAAGAAGAAAUAACAAAAACAACGUGUCCGUUCAAUUCUCCCAACGAGAAAGUUGAUACUGGCAGUUGCAAGUGGCUGCCACUCGUACACUGAGAAAAAAUAAUAAGG